AUGGCAGCGGCAGCUCUCCAGCGCAUCCUGAUCAGGACGCACCACAUGACCUCGCGCAAGAAGAUCCUCGCCAUCACCAAGGCGGCGCAGCGCUUCUCCUGUGCGGUGGUCCUGAAAACCGGGCGGGGCCCGCCGGGCGUUAUGCUUGCUGAGGGGGAGGGGGAGGGGGCUAGGGAGUGGUUGGAGGUUGUCAGGAAAUUGCGGUACAAGGAUUUUCACCUGGUGAAGAGGGAGGUGGUGCUGCGUCGCGGCCUGGUGGGUGUCGAGCCGGGGGAGGUGAGGGAGUUGACUAGCUUGAGGGAUCUGGGGGCUUUGCUGCAGGAGGAGGGGAAUGCUGAGAUGUAUGAGUGGUGGCGGGUACAUAUGGGGUAUAAGAAGGGCGGGUGA